CCAACAUAUCCUGUAAUUAUCAAGCUUCCCUUUUGUUAAAAGACUCCGUGAGUUUCUGUGCGCCUUUAGCUUCAUCUGCAGCAGCUCCUGUACAGUAUGCAUAAAUUACGCACGCCUUUUUUUUCAUAAUCGUAUUAUAUGUUAUGGGUUAGGGGUAUAUUUAACACACUAAAACACCAAAAAAUAAAUAAAUAAGUAGCGUUAAAACAUAGCAUAGACUAAAAUGGAGCACUACGUUUAAAAACAAUAAAUCUGCAAAUUGUAUAUUUUUUCUUCCCUGCUAAUAGCAUGCACAAUAUUGAUGCCUUAAUUGUGCACAUUCAGUUUAAAUGUUUUAUCAUCGCUGAAGCCUUAAAUCUCCAUAAUAAUGGUCAUUAAACCCACAUAAAAUUAAAAAGUUUUCAACUUAAUUCGAUUUUCCACUAUGGAACUUCUGUCUUCUGUAUUUUUAAGCAUCGUCAUUUUUCCUUCUGAAAGUAAAUACAAUUAAAUCCGAGUAAACAGCAAGCACAUUUAUCUAAAAAAUAUCAAUUCAAACCUUAUCUAAAAGGUUUAUUUACAUGCGCAAAUAUUAAUUGUUGCGUUUCUACCCGUACAGCCAGCACCAGCUGAAUAUUCCCAGUAGCAAAUAAAUGGCAAUUAUGUAAACAACUAUAAUUUACAUUUGCUGUUUUUUCUCUCUCUCUCUGGCUGCUGCUGCUGCUAUAAAUGUCUGAGAUAUCAAACACACACCAGCAGAGCCUGAGUAAGUUUCUGUCAUAACUGUUCCAAAGUGCGUCCAGCCUUCUCACGCAUAUGAAACUCUUUCCUCGCCCUCCCCCUUCUUUAACUAUAAGGCAGGCCAGAGAGCCCCACAAACUUUCACUCCAGCUCUGCAGAGACACUCCGAUUCUCCGCUGCUCUGCUCCGCUCUUUUUUUUUUUUUGCAGCCCCGCACUUUCUCCCGAACCUCCGCAGCCUUUGGAGUUAAAACCCUCAAUCUGAUUAACUUCCUGCACAAAAGUGGAGCGAAAAAAGGGGGAAAGGAGGAAAUCUUUCUGCUCUAAAUAAGGCUCUCUGAGGAGCAGCGGGCAACUCCUCGUCUCUGCAUCCUUAACUUUGUGCGUCGCGCCCUGCAGCGUUUUCAAACUUUUUUUUGCUUUAAAAAGCUAAAUCUGUGCGCCAGUUAACACCAGAAUCCAUGCAUGGUACGGAUGGUACAAGUUUUGACGCACAUCGCCGAUUCUUCCCCUGAUCCCCGCAGGCACCGAGUUUGGAGACACUGUACAGCUGUGAGACAUCCAGGGGUUCAUGUACUGGAAAAAUGAAGUUUUGUCCCCUCUCUCAGAGGGAAAUAAGAUUCUGUCCGAAGGAAUUCCCACGAAGCAGGUGAUCUCCACCGAGCAUCAGAGUACACCGGGAGCUUCGCGCUGCAGUGUGGACUCUAAACACACACCAAUGUCUCACUCGGACGGAGAGUCCCAGCGGUCCAACAUGGAGCGGGAGGACACUCGCUCGUCUCCCAGCACUCCGUCCACUCCCUCCGUGUGCUCGCCGACCUCCACCACCAGCUCGGUGCCGUCCACCGGGAAGAACCUGUGCGCCAGCUGCGGACUGGAGAUCCUGGACAGAUAUUUGCUGAAGGUGAACAACCUGAUCUGGCACGUGCGUUGUCUGGAGUGUUCAGUGUGCAGGACGUCGCUGCGUCAACACAGCAGCUGCUACAUCAAGAACAAAGAGAUCUUCUGUAAAAUGGAUUAUUUCAGUAGGUUUGGUACUAAGUGUGCCCGCUGUGGGCGGCAGAUUUACGCCAGCGACUGGGUGCGCCGCGCCAGGGGAAACGCGUACCACUUGGCAUGCUUCGCCUGCUACUCAUGCAAGAGGCAGCUUUCCACGGGAGAGGAGUUUGGCUUGGUAGAGGAGAAGGUCUUGUGCAGGAUCCACUACGACACCAUGGUGGAGAACCUCAAACGAGCAGCUGAGAGCGGCAACGGCAUCACACUAGAAGGAGCAGUUCCAACAGAACAAGACAGUCAACCCAAACCGGCCAAAAGGGCGCGGACGUCUUUCACCGCCGAACAGCUACAAAUCAUGCAGGCACAGUUUGCUCAGGACAACAACCCGGAUGCUCAAACGCUACAGAAACUAGCCGACAUGACGGGCCUGAGCAGGAGAGUUAUACAGGUGUGGUUUCAAAACUGCAGAGCAAGACAUAAAAAGCACACGCCCCAGCACAGUGCUUCCCAAGGUCACCCUCAGUCCAGGAUCCCCUCGUCGCUGCCCGAUGAGCUGCAUUACUCCCCGUUUGGCAGUCCUGAGCGAGCGCGCAUGGUGGCCCUGCACGGCUACAUCGACAGUCAUCCCUUCUCCGUUCUGACCUCUCAGAGCCUCCCUCACCAGGCCAUGUCGCUGCCCCAGCUACCCCUCAGCCGCUAGUCCCCCACCUCGACCCCUCAUGACCCCCUUCACCCCCUGGACCCUCACCCUUGAUCUCCCAUUCAGCGACCGACCUGACUCCAAAAGGUCAGGCAGGAGUCAACCUGGAGAAAAAGACUAAUCUAACAGGAGCCCUGCCCACUUGGACACAGAAAAAUGGAAGAACGAGGAAACAAACUGAGAUACAUCUGUUGUUAUGGGGACAGGAAUAUCUCACCUGCAGCCACUUUCUCAAACAAUGAUUGUGAAGCGUUUAUCAUUAGCAGGAACUCACAGACUGUGAUUUUACACCACAUAACGGACCCAUUUUUGCUUCACGUGUACAGCGUCACGUUACCCACCUCCUAACUGGAUGGUGAAGGGAGUUUUAAAGGAAUGAAACAGGCCAGGGAAGCAGGACUGAAGCUUCUCGAGUGCCGUCAGAAGAUAAAUUUAAAGGGGGGAACCAUCACUGUGGGUUCACACACUAGACCACAGUAGAGGUAAGACUCCUCCCUCUUUUCUCUCUAAGCAACAUGAAGGAAGCCUAAAUGUAAACAGAAUACUUUGAUUGUAGAGAUAUUUUCAUUUGGAAUGACACGUUGACUGUAUGGCAUCUCAAAAAAAAAAAAAAAAAAAAAACUUCCCGCUUUCAAUUAUCCAGAAUUACAUUUCUGUUAAAGAAUAAGAAUAUUAUGUGCCUUAUCUUCAUUAUUAAGAGAAAUUAAACUGAUUAUUCAUCAUUAAACAAUGAUUUUGAGUUUUAUUAUAUAUGGACGGACUCCAUAUAUAAUUCAUAAAUUGCAAAAUACAUCUCAGCUGUAGCAUUUUGACUGUUUGUCAUGAAGUAAAACUGCAAAAGUCAACAUUAGAGCUUGUGUAUUAUUAGCUACAACAUUAAAAGCAGGUGUCAGCAGAACAGAGGGAAGUCUGAGAUGAACAUACUAGUCAAUCCACACAUUCCUGCAAAAUCUGACAUGUUACAUAUUUUCAUAUUUCCAAACUGGUGUAUUGUCACUAAUUUAUAAUUUAUACGUUUGCCUGUUCAGCCUCUGUGUGCUUCACACAAGGAGGGAAAAUGGAGUAUUGGUACAAUAUGGACAAUAUAAAACUGACUGGGUUUGUACAUAGUAAGACGUGUGUGUGUGUGUGUGUGUGUGUGUGUGUGUGUGUGUGUGUGUGUGUGUGUGUGUGUGUGUGUGUGUGUGUGUGUGUGUGUGUGUGUGCGCAGUGUGUUUCCGUGUGCGUGUGUAUGUGUGUGUAUUGGCAGGGGUAGAGAGUGUGCAUCUGUAUUUUAGUUCCAUGGCCAUUGUGUGAAGAACAGGAUCCAACAAGACCUCAAUGUCCUUGUAUUUAUUGAGAUGGUAAAAAUCCCUGUAAAGCACUUUCCCCUCCACCUCCUUCUGAAAUUGUUUUGUUUUGUUAAAAAAAACAUGAAAUGAAACAAAAAAGUUUAUUUGAUAGACUGUGCAUCAUAAAUGUUUUGUGUAAUAAAAUACAAUAAAAUAGAAUGUGAUAUUUC